GCCUGUGCUAUAUAAGACUGUGUCUGUGUGUGUGUGUGUGUGUACUGAUCUGUACAGAACACGCUGUUUGUCUGAUUACCGUGCACAGCCAUGGCUCCGCGCACCGGCUGUUUCCUCCUGCCCCUCUUGUUCAUUGCAUCUUCAAGAGUCGUCUUGGUGCAUGCGGAUUGCACUGGUACACCAGCCGAUGCCUGUAAAAUCACCGCGGAGAAUUUAUGUGUGGGCUGUGUUACACCCGGCGGCUCCGUACCGAACCCUAAAGACUGCGCCAGUUUCUACUAUUGCCUGAGUGAGACCGAUAUGAUCGAG